AUGGCCUCACCUCCACUCAUAACGGAGCGCACUCCACCCACCACCACCGCCCUCGUCAUCGCAGCCGCUAUACUUGCUGGCAUCGCGGGCUUUUUCAUCGGGCAGGGCGCAUCGUUGGGAAUUUUUGGGUCCAGUACGACAACAUCGAAACGAAGGGGGAAGAGUGGUGGGGAGAGGAAGAGUUGGCCAAAUAGCUACGACGUGAAAGUCCAUUCUGAGUCGGAGAGUGUGGAGGACAGUGAGGAUGAGGAAGCGGACGGAGGGGGAGGGGAGUUAGCUGUGUUCGAAGGGAAUACGGAUGAGGUUAAGCUUGUGCUUGUUGUUAGGACUGAUUUGGGAAUGGGGAAGGGUAAAAUCGCCGCACAAUGCUCCCAUGCCACCCUCGCCUGCUACAAAUAUUACUUCUCACGUGCACCGGACUCCCCCAUCCUCAAGCGCUGGGAGCGGGGCGGACAGGCUAAAGUUGCGUUGCAGGUUAAGAGUGAGGAGGAGCUGUUGUUGCUACAGGCACAGGCUGUCAGUUUGGGUCUGUGUGCGCAGGUCAUUCAGGAUGCGGGUCGGACGCAGAUUGCCAGUGGGAGUCGGACAGUGUUGGGUAUUUUGGGGCCGAAGGGGGUGGUGGAUGGGGUUACGGGGUCAUUGAAAUUGUUGUGA